CCAACGUUUUGCGUUGGCAGGGGUCGGCCUGGGUCUGGUGGACCUGAGUGCCGUGUGUUCCGUCUGAAUUUAACUGCAAAAAAUCCGCUUUUCAUAUGGCUUGUCGAGCGUAAUUAUUUUCAGAAAGCAGCAUUAAAUUGGGAGUGAUUUGUCGCGCUCAUAGAAACAGGAAGAAAACUGCGCCAGACAAAAUGACCAGUGAAACGAGUGGGACGAGCAACGUAGAGACGGAAUAUCUGGAGAUCAACUCGAAAGAGGCCUGGCCAGUUCUCUAUCAGCACACACGUAGCAACAAUCUCCUGCCUACGUCCGUACGACAAAGCUCCUUGUCUGACUGGUCGCACAUUCGCAACGAGUGCGGGAACUAUGCCUACACCUGUAACGAGUCGAAGAAACCACAAAAUAGAAUAUUCAACCGAUAUAGAGAUGUCGCACCUUACGACCAUACUAGGAUUAUUCUUAAGAAAGGUCCUUGUGACUACAUCAAUGCUAACCUCGUGCGGAUGGAUCGCGCGCAUAGGCAAUACAUUCUGACCCAAGGUCCCUUGGCCAAUACGUCAGGACACUUCUGGCUGAUGGUAUGGGAGCAAAAUUCUAAGGCUGUACUCAUGCUAAACAAGGUCAUUGAGAAGAAUCUAGUUAAAUGUCAUCAGUAUUGGCCGUUGGAAGGAUCUUCUAACCAUAUAAUGAUGUUCCCAGACGUUGGACUUAAAGUAGAAUACCUUAGCAAAACUGACGCGUCACAUUACACGACCAGAAUAUUAAGACUGACAGACGUGGAAUCAAAGGAAAGUAGAGAUAUUAUGCAUUUCCAUUAUACAAUGUGGCCGGAUUUUGGCGUUCCUCAAAGCCCUACGGCCUUUUUGCAAUUCCUUGCUGAUGUCAGGCAGUCUGGUGCUCUGGACCAAAACGUUGGCCCCCCUGUGAUUCAUUGCUCUGCGGGGAUUGGGAGGUCUGGAACAUUCUGUUUGGUUGACUCUUGCUUGGUAUUGAUAGAAGAAAAUGGUCUGAACUCUGUCAACGUCCGAGAUGUUCUGCUAGAGAUGAGACGGUAUAGAAUGGGCCUUAUCCAAACCCCCGAUCAAUUGCGCUUCUCUUACGAGGCAAUAAUAGAAGGAGCUAAGCAGCUGCCGUCCAACAACGUGAAUAUCAACACUAAUGAGGUACGAAAUAACUCAUACAACCCAGUGGACGACAUCUGUAAUUCCGUACUCGAAGAGGAGGAAGAGGACGAGGAGGAAGAUGAAGAAGACGAUACGCCUCCACAGCCUCCACCAAGAGGAGAGUCGCUAAUGAAGUCUGAAUGGAUUCCCAGUCCGAAUAGUGACAACGCAGAUAUGAGCAGUCCACCAGACAAACCACUGCCAAGCGAACCUCCGAGCUACGCGGAGCCCAGCACGAGCCCUCCGCCAGCAAUCAUUGGUGUUGUCACAAACAAUUUGCACGACCAGAAUAGCGACGACGUCGCUCUACCCGGAGAGCCACAUAGCGAUGGGGAUAUUACGUUCAAAGCAUCCAGCCCACCAUCCAGUCCAGAUACAAAGAACGAGUUGCGGCAGCGUAAUUUGGCAAAGAAGGAGAAAUUGGCCGCUCAGGUACGAGAGAUGAAGCGGCGGCAGAAGGAAACGGAAGAAUGGCAGCAACUCAAGAGGUCACUAUUUAAGCCCCUUUCAAUAGGCAUAGGUGCUGCGAUUGUUGGUGGGGGUGUUAUCGCGUUUUGUGGUUACUUAUACCUUCGCGGAUAGGUAGAGAAUAGGAUUUAAAUUUAAACGAUACACAUACGCGCAACUGGAGUUAUUAGUCCUCGGUGUAAAUUGAAACCCAAGUGUGUUUCGGGGGCAGUUACUUCUCUCUGAUCCAAGUAUAAUAUUCAGUCCUGUAAACCAACGACGGAUUCAAUGACGCGGUGAGUUUCUGCGAUAUUUUUAUCAAACCUAAUGCUGCUCAAGAGCUUUGUCACCACGCAUUUAUCUGGUCAUCGCGUACUACUUCCGUGUGUUAUAUUAAACGUGUCGAUGCGACGACGGGGAAUUAUUUAUUCAAUAUUUAUACAUGCACACAUAUUAGGCUCCAUUUGUAUCAAACUAUAAAAACCACCUGCAGCUUGCCUAGUUAUUUUGCUGUAAAAAAAUCACCAUUCACCUGGGUUUCAGUUCUUUUUACUAUUCUAAUUGAUUGAGCCUUACUUUUUUUUGCUGCAUCUUUUCUCAAACGUGCUAUACUAUCAUGGUGUAACAGUUGUGGUUCGUUAAAUUAUCAACCUAGUAUACGUAGUGAUGUUGAAUGUUGUUUUUGAUUUAGAUAAAUCUUGUCAUUCGCGAUGGCUCCUAUUUACGAAUCAUUGCAUUAUACCUAAUAGUUGAAUGGAACGACCAGUUUUUACUGACAUCAAAAUAAUUUCAUUCACUUUCUCGGAGUGAAUAUUUUCUAACUUGGUAUUAUGAAUGUGAUGAGAGGAAAUUUUUUAUGCCGGUAUAUUAAUUAUCUUAACGUGAGUUUCAAUUAUGAUCCGCCGUUCUACCGUACUAUGGUACUCAACAAAUUUGCUCAUUUACUGUUGAGAAUACGAAGCAGCUUGGUCAUGUAUACAUGGGGCCAAGCCAUUGAUCUUGAAUAAGCCAUUUGGCAUCUCGUUGGUGGUGAAACACGUAUAAUCAGCUAUUGAGAUAGGUAUUCUAAUCAGACUUUAUACAUACGGAAAGUAACUGACUCUGAAACACGAACAUCAUAAGAAGGUCGCGAAAGACUGAUAAACUCUGUAAAAUUGUAUGAAACCUUUCUAUUUGUAUUUUUAUAUUGUGAUUCCCCCGAGUUUCUGCAGGAUAUUAAUUAUGAAAGAAUCCGUCAUGAUGAUCCAUCAAUGAAUUAGUUUUUCUAAGAAUCAUUGAAACUCCAUACUUCUUCAUCGGGUCCACUAUGCAGCGAAUAUUACUUAACUAAAUCCUCAGGAUAUAUUGAUUCAAGGCAGCGCGCGCACUAUAUACCAAAAGAAAUGACUUGAUACGCUGACCUAAUAUACACCAUUACAUAAAGAAGAGAUGCUUUUAUAUAAAAAAGAUGCUGCGACAUGCAAUGUAUCACUGAAGGUAAAAAAAGAAAAAGAAAAAAGAAAUUAAUUUUCGCGUCCCCUAGCAAUAAAAGCACUUAGAAAUUGGCGAAAUACAAGUUUCUGGCUCAGUCAUCGAAAGUAAUUUGGAAUAUUGAACUGCUGUUAAAUUAAUGACUGAUCUUCAACAGUUGUAUGUUGACCAUUGAAACGAAUUAAAAUGAAUGUAAGUAUUUAAGUAGUCGAAAUUGAAAAUUUCUUUUUGUGGUUAUCGUCGUCAUUCAGGGUAACAAAACCGCUCGGUCGAUUGAUUGCCUAAAAAUUGACGAGCUGUUGUUAAUUGAUACUAACUAUAUUCGUAAAUCUAUGCGUGCGAUUUCCCGAUAAAUUUUCUCUUGGUAUGCAACUCAUACAAAACCAGGAGAACGAAAGAACAUAGAAA